AUGCCUCAUGAUGUGAGGAUCCAAAGAUUGUCCACCGAGGUUAUUAACCGCAUCGCCGCCGGCGAGGUGGUGCAGAGGCCCAGUGCGGCCCUUAAGGAGCUCAUUGAGAACUCGCUGGACGCCGGUUGCACCUGCAUUCAAGUCGUCGCGCAGGAGGGUGGCCUUGAUGUGCUACAAGUCAGCGACGACGGGCACGGCAUCCCCUACGAGGACCUUCCGCUGCUUUGUGAGCGGUACGCGACGAGCAAGCUGCGGCGGUUUGAGGAUCUACAGCGCAUCUCGUCCUUUGGCUUCCGCGGCGAGGCCCUUGCGGCGCUGUCGUUUGUUUCGCGCGUGACGGCGACGACGCGGCCGCGCAGGGGGGCGCCGCGAGGGGACGCCUCUCUCGCCUGGAGGGGUCGUUACAUCGAUGGCCGCCUCACGGGGAGCCCCGAGCCGUGCGCGGGAAACCACGGCACCACCAUUCGCGCAGAAAAGAUGUUUUACAACACGGCAAUCCGCCGGGCCGCUUUGCGCCCGGUGGAGGAGUGGAGCCGCCUGGUGGACGUCGUCUCGCGGUACGCCCUAGCGUUUCCCGCCAUCGGCUUUUCUUGCCGGAAAGAGGCUCCAUCACGGGCGAGCGAUGGCGUGUCCUUUCCGAGGGGUUCCACUACGUUGAAUAACAUCCGUCUCUCGCAUGGUAGCGGCGUCUCAUCUAACUUGCGUUUCAUUUUUCACUACGAUGAGGAGCUGUACGAGGCUUCGAAGCGGUCCACUGGGUCGUUUCCUAAUCGGGAACCACAGGGUGGUGAUGUGGGCGACGUUCACGACGAAGGGAUAUCCUCCAGCGCAACAGUGAGCUCGUCAUCGAUGCUGGCGAGUGAAGCCAUGGGGCCCAGCCACGACCGCAAGUAUCGAGAGAAGGAGCAGGCGAUGGAACGCGUGCGCAAGGUAUCUGAGUACGUAGCGUCUCUCUCGGGUCCUAUGGGCGAGGGAGUUUUUACAAUCAUGGGUUACACGAGUGAUACCAAUCUAAUCUCUCGCAAGGGGUACUUUUGCCUGUUUGUUAAUCAGCGGCUCGUCGAAAGCGCUGCGAUUCGGCGGGUCAUUGACUCUGUCUAUGCCUCCAUCCCGACCGGCGGCAAUCGACCCUUCACUGUGCUUUUUGUGAACGUUCCACCAGAUCGUGUUGACGUCAACGUGCAUCCAACGAAAACGGAAGUGUACCUGCUGGAUGAGGAGCUUGUGAUUGGACGGAUUGCGGAGCUUAUACGUGUGGCGUUGCUGGAGGCGGCCUCAGAGCGCCAAGUGGACUUGAUGUCGCUUGGAAAGAGCGCUACUCUUGCGCUGCAGGCGACUGCACGUGCUGCCGAUGCCGCUGGCAAGGAAGCCAGCAGUUCGACCAUGUUGUCCUCAUCGCAGGCCGCCUUACACUCUCUCCAGAGGGAUGUGCCGAUGGACCGAAGGCGCUCAGGUGGGGUAGGGGUACCGACGUCCUCGCUGCCCGUGGCUACGGCGAGGGUAUCGGAUCCUCGAGGUACGGCUGUGGCACCCUGCACGGUGGUGCGUGUGGAGCCGCAAAAAGGCGCACUGGAUGCCUUUUUCCGCUCACAGCCCACACAGCCCCCGACGGGGUCUUCUUCUGAAGUCGUAGGUGUUACGGCGCGGCCUGACUUCGGCGGGGCGACGUCAUCUCCCCUGGACGUGGAACCAAAGCGAGAGGGGUGCACCGCAACUGCUGGGUUGGAUUCGGGUUUGGUGGCUGGGAGUACCAGCCAAGCGCCUCCUACGAGCGACUUCCACUCCGCUCCCCCAACGCAUUCCGCUUCCUUUUUCCCUCAGCUCGAUUCCGACGCCCCACCUCAUUUGCCAGUGGACCACGAUGUAGAAACAACCUCAGCGUUACCCGAAUCUUCUCGAAAGAGAGUUGAAGGCCAUGGUUUUCUGACGUAUAUAGAGGAAUCUGUAGACGACGGUACUGAUGAUGAUGAUGAUAGCAAAAUUAUGUUGGAGUUCAAGAAAUUUCGUCGAGACUUGAGCAUCCAGGAAGUGCAUGUGGCAGCUUCCCCGUCUCCACCUGCUAUACAAGCUGAUAUCGCCUCCAACGAGGAACAAAAAGAUCUUGUGAAAGACGGUAGGGCCCAUGGGGAGCAUGUUAAGACAGGUAGUCGGGGGGACCCCCCAAAAUUAGCAGAUUCAUCGGGGCCUUGGUUAGGUGCAACUGAGCAGUUUAAUACCGAACAUUCUAAAGCAUUCUCUCGCAGUGAAGUGGGGCAGAACCUCAUGACUUGCGGAGGACGGAUAGGAGAUGAUCCCACCGGAGUGGACGCGGGGGGUGCUAACCCUUCACAUGUUGUGAUUGCCCCGGAGCUUGAGGAUCAUGUCUUGACGAGUGUCAGCGUGAUUGCUAAGGAGAUAUGCUACCAGACCAGCACUGCAGUGCAGAACCUUAUCGAUGGGUUGUCGUUUGUUGGGAUAGUUGAUGAGGACAGUUUCCUUGCGCAGUACAACACCAGCCUGCUCCUCGUUCGCAUUCUGCCACUAGUCCGCGAAAUUGUCUAUCAGCGCAUUUUUCUGCGCUGGGCACAGUCAAGUCUGCCGAACUCACCAUUCUUAUCCUUCGCCAGGCCAAUAUCCGUGCAGGAGGCUUUACUAUUUGCGCUGCGCCACGAUACGUUGGGCAUGGUUCCCCCCUCUCAAGGACUGCUUAAACUUCUUCGUGUGGGCGUUGUUGACGGACGCGACCCAACUGACAGAUCGUCCGGGUAUGCCAAAAGGAGCGACUCCGAAUGGAUAGCCUUAAUUGACCGCGUGGCUUCGAGGGAAGAAGCCAUGCGCGGGGAUCUCUCUAAAGAUCGCAGCAGUACACAUUUAGGAAGCACACCCUUCACCACCCUAGGUGAAGGAAAGCAAUCGCUGCAACAUGACAGCAUUGAAAAGUCAAAUCCUCACAACGUGGAUUUCCGCUUCGAGGUCGAGGAGCUGAUGACAGCGGCGCCGUACCUUAUGUGGGGUUCCGCUAAAGCGGAGAUGGCUACUAAAAAGUAUGUAUGUUCUCUUGUUCGACGCUUAAGCCUUUGGCGUGAUAUGCUAAAUGAUUACUUCAGCAUUGUCCUUACGGACGACGCGCAGCACCUGAUGGCGCUUCCUCAUGGCCUUAACGCAUCCUGGGCACCGUACCUGAGAGCUGUGCCGCUGUUCCUGUGGGUGCUAGCUGACGCGGUUCCUUAUCCCUCACCGGCCACACCGCGUAGCGGUGAUGAUGAAUAUCCAGAAAACACACUAGGCAAGAGCCAUUUCCUACAACAGGAGCGCGAAAUAGAGGCGGAGAUCAGGUGCUUCACAUCGAUUGCACGCCAUAUAGCGGAUAUUCUCUAUGGGCUUGUCGUGCCAGUCGAUGAGGACUCGGGAAAUGAGGGCUCGUCUUCGUGCCCUGACAGUGCUGGAGCUGCCGUUGAGCGCGACAGCUGUGUGACAGGGAACCCUUCCCGACCCUGUUCGACUACCUCGGCGUCGUAUUCCUCGAUGAAGACACAGGGCGGUGCUCAGAAUGCUCUGGAAGGCGGCCCGACACCUCUCGAAAGAUUAGGUAAUCUCAUCCGCUUUGGUCUAUUCCCCUGUAUGCGAAACAAGAAGCUGUUUAUACCCUCUGCAGAUCUCCUUACUAAUGGGGAUAUACAAUCGGUGGUGACAGUAGAGACCUUAUAUAAGGUGUUUGAACGGUGUUAA